AUGUCACGGUUGAAUUGCGAAGUCACACGAACUGAUAUUAGUUUCUGAAAACCACUGAGAAACAUUAGUUAUCACGAAUAUUAGCUACAAAGAACACAUGGAUUAAGUUUUCUAGUGAAGACGGCCGAAAGGAUAGACCAUCAGCGCUUUACCUUGAGUCUUUUUCAUCCGUGACAUCAACUGCAUACAUUAUCUUAGUCGCUAUUCAGGGAACACUGCAAAUGACCUUUCUCCGAUUGUCGUUCUAAACCACCGCGGAAGCCUUAGGUGUUGCGCCAUCUUGUCCUCAACUUGUAAUAACGGUAAAUUCUUUUCGAUCUUCCACCAAUCUCCGAUCAAUUUGGAACAACCAGUUAAUUGCUGGCAGCUGCACUGCGCAUCGCACAUGGAUUGCCGAAUACGAUUUAUCUUCAUCCUACUACAUGCUGUAGCCUUUUCAUCGACUGAUGAUGUUGUUAUUCAAAAAUGGCCAACAGAAGAGAAGAAAUGGGACCACUGGGUAUCUUCAAAGCUAGCGAAUGGAUCUGUUGGGUGGUCACAGACAAAUGAUCUUCGUGGGAACCCACGGUGGACGGCCUGUGAUGUCAUUGGCCAACAACCAAAUUCCUGGCUACGAAGCAAUCCUAUUUCAGUCCUAAGUGAGGUAAAAAAGGUUUAUAUUACCUUUGUGUACAAUACAAGGAACUGUAAAAACGUUGGCAACGAUAAGAUCUGUAGAGAAUAUUUCGACCUCUACGUGCAUCAGUCCGGAGGUUUGACUGUACCUGACCCUUUACAAAACAAUGCCACUUAUGAAAAGGUUGCUGAAAUAACCGCGUCGACCCUUGGAUUUAAGAAGUUAACAAAAACUUUUGGUGUCGAUGUAAAAGGAAAUUACAUCGUUCUGGCCUUUCAUAACCAGGGUUCAUGCAGCACCAUUCAUUCUGUCACUGUCGGUUACUACAUCUGCCCAGAACUGAUGGUUGUUGAUGGCUUGGUGUCCCUUCCUCGAUCUAUGGCUCCGUCAAACAACUCGGCGGUAGUUGAAGGUACUUGUGUUACAAAUGCCAAAUUCGAAAAAGGUAUUCUAACUUUAGACUGCCAAAGCGAUGGCAAUUGGAACAUCAGUUCACUUAAAGGAAGAUGUAUAUGCAAAAAAGACAAGGAGAAUAGAGGAGGAGGAUGCGAAGAUUGUAUGCCAAGGAAAUACAAUGAUGAGAGUGGUCUUAACUGCACAGUGUUACCAUCAGCCCCAAGAAAUGCCCUCACAACUUUCGUUAACCAAAGUGCACUGGGGUUACAAUGGCAACCCCCUGAUGUAACUGGUGAUCAGACCCAGGUGUGGUAUGAUGUCGACUGCCUUAAGCCGUGUGACAGCGAUGACGACAAAGAUUGUGUGGAUAAAGCUUGUGGGAGUGACGUCAUUUUCAUACCAUCUAAGGAGAAACUGAGCACAUCUCAACUCAUCGUGGGUAACCUCUCUUCAUUUAUAAACUACACUUUUAAAAUCUACGCCAGGAAUAGAGUGAGCGAGGCUGCUAAAAGUAAAGAUGGAAAGGAAGGAUUCUUUGAGAAAAUUACCGUAAGGACUAAUGGAUCAGUUCCAGGUAUACCGGAAGUGUCCAUUGAACAACCGAAAACAACUGUCGUUGUAUCUUGGACACUGAAGAAAAAAAAUGGAGUUAUUAAGGAGUACGACGUGACGUACAUUAAUGCGAAUGAUACAUCAGACACCAUGAGUCACCAGACGAAAACAGCAGAAAUGCAGUUUGAUUUAAAGGCAGGAAAGACUUACCAGUUUAAGGUAUUUGCUAUAAACGACCAUGGAAGGGGACCAGCUGGUGUGAAGACGUUUACUUUGAGGAACGAUGACUCGAAGAAAUUGCAGCUUAUUGCUUACAUAGCUGGAGCAGGAGCACUGCUGCUAGUCAUUCUGAUAGUGGUUAUCAUUGUCUGUGUUGUAUCUCGUAGAAGGAGAAGUAAAAAGAGUGUACAGCAAGCCUAUAUGGAAGCCCUUCAGAAAGGAAGUGAACUUCAGACCACGAAUCCUCGAGACCAGCGAACCUAUAUUGACCCUAACGACUACAUCGACUUGCAAGAACUUCUGACAUCAUUCGCGACUGAACGAAAAAGAAGAGAUAUUAAACUCGAAGGAGUUAUUGGAACAGGGGAGUUUGCUGAUGUCUACAAAGGGAUAUUAAAAUCUCGCGAAGGCAAAGAGGUGGUUGCUGUCAAAGUCUUGAGGCCUGGUUCCAGCGAGAAAAAUCAAAAAGAUUUUCUUUCCGAGGCGUCCCUUAUGGGCCAGUUUGAUCAUCCAAAUGUUAUCCGCCUCAUCGGAGUAGUGACACAAAGUAGACCAAUGAUGAUUCUAACAGAAUUCCUAGAAAGUGGAUCGUUGGAUCACUUUUUAAAGGACCGAAAUGGUCAGCUGACGAGCCUUCAGUUGGUUGGAAUGGCCAGAGGUGUGGCUCACGGAAUGAAGUACCUGUCAGAAUUAAAUUUUAUUCAUAGGGAUCUGGCAGCUCGCAAUGUUCUUGUGGGU